AUUUAGCACGGGUGUUAAAUUCCCAAAUGCUAAAAUCUCUCUUCCCCCGACUCUUUUCCCCAACCACGUCCCCCAUUUUCUCUCCAAGUCGCACACACACAGCACCACCAAAAGAUCUCCACCGGCCAAGCCGCCGCUUGCUGCUGCUGCUCCAAAGUCUCUCUUCUCGUCAUCUCCAUUUCUCGAUUGGCCACGACUACAAGCCAGCAGUAGGGACCGGGGAGGCAUCCAAGGCCGAGCUUGGCUAUCAUAUCUGGCGGGUGCUCCGCCGCGGCGACGCCAGCGAGCGACUCCGAGCAACUUCAACGGCGCUAGCUUCGCCCAUCGACUCCACCACUUGACGUACGUCCAUUUCCAAAAUGAUUGCAGGAGGAGAGGUGAUUCAAGCAGUGACCUUCGCCAACUCUGUGCUUAGCAAGGUGGCUGAUGUGAUCACGAGAGAGAAGUCCGUGAAAGGUGCAGUCAAAAGUGGCCUCGAUUACAUCAAGCUGGAAAUGAAAAUGGUGAUCAGCGAAAUCAAGACGAAUGAGAAGAACCACCAAGGGGCGACACAUGAGAGCAAGGUUGUGCUACUCAAGGAGUUGGCUUAUGAUAUCGAGGACUUCAUAGAUCGUACGUGGGUUCCGGGUGCAUCGUCUGGCCCUGUCCUCUCGGUAUUUCGCCUGGACCCUCGACCUGAAAUAGUGCAAAAAAUCGAGCAUUUCAAGGACAGCAUCCAGAAAGUACGGACCUGGCAACCUGAUGCCGGAUCCAGCACGGGCCAAGACACUGCUGCUGCAACAUGGUCCUGCCCUUCAGCCACACCUCCUAAUCCUUAUAGCCUAGAUCUAGAUCAUGAGGCUACCUUAAGGAACAUCUGCAAACACAGAUGUGAGCUGCAAGGGUUGCUGUCAGCAUCCGAAGGGCGAGAGCUGAAGGUGAUCUCCAUCGUCGGUUGCCGUGGCGUGGGGAAGACAAGUCUAGCAACAGCGGUCUAUGACGACUGUCGUGCCGAUUACGAUUGCGUUGCUUGGGUGGUGGCAUCCGCGUGCCGCGAUCUGGAGGACCUUCUAACCAAGCUUCUCAAGGAGUCACAAAGGACGGCUAAGCCUACAUCUACACCUGCACAAGGGAGCAUCUCCGAUACUCAGCAAACAAGCCUUUGGAAUUUCUUGAGUGACAAAAGGUACUUUGUUGUUAUUGACGAUGUGGACCGUCUAGAAGUGUGCCAGGCUAUAAAACGUGAAUUCCCUAAAGAUGGCCACAGUAGCAGAAUAAUUGUGACGACAAGCAUGCACUCUGUCGCGGCUGAAUGCAGCUGGGGCAGUUAUGUGUAUACAAUGCAAUGUCUUGACAAAGAUGAGUCAGAACAAGUAUUCUGGGAAUCGGUUGGUCAAGAGAAUAAGACACCUGCCCUGCGGCGGGCUUCGGAAGGCAUCAUCACCAAAUGUGGAGGCUUACCUCUGGCGCUUAUCAGCGUAGCCAAUUACUUGCGUCGACAAGGACGAACCGAGAAUCAAGUGGCAGGAGGACUCACAACAGAGCAUUGCAAAAGUGCUGCCUGCACGCUCGGAGACAAGAUCUUAAAAGGACAGGAUGCCGAGUUCUUGAAAAUCAAUAGAGCGCUUCUCCAGUGCUACAACAACCUUCCAGACUAUGCCCACCAGAGCUGCUUGCUUUAUGCCAGCGUGUUCCCCAGAGGCCGCCCAAUUAGAAGCAAGCUUCUGCUUAGAAGAUGGAUGAGUGAAGAGUUUGCUGCACAUGGCACUGUCAGUGAUCAAGAAGGUGUCGUCAGAAGUUAUUUACAGGCCUUCAUUGAGCGGUGUAUCGUUGAACCAGUAGAGAUAAAAAAUGCUAGGGUAGCCAGGUGCAGGGUUCACAGCAUAAUGCUCGAGUUCCUCAUCCACAAGGCCGUCUCAAAGAAAUUUGUUGCUCUGGUUGACAAAGAUGAGCUCCUGUCCAACAAUGGUACUACCAUCACCAAUGUCCGUGUUCGCCGACUCUCUGUUCAGGAUAGCAGCAAGGAAGGAGUCGAUGAUGCUGUGUGUACUGCGAGGGAUAUUGACUUAUCUGUUAUGAGGUCACUAACAAUCUUCAAGAGCCCUCUUCUUCGCCUCCAAGCCUGCGAGUUACUGCGAGUUCUGGAUCUUGAAGGUUGCAAUGGGGUAAACAAUGAUACUGUUCUCAAAGCCAUAUGCAAGCAGCGGCUUCUCAAGUACCUCAGCCUCAGGGGCACUGAUGUUGACCAUCUUCACCCAACAAUAAAGUGCCUAGAGCAUUUGGAAACACUGGAUAUUCGAGACACAUUGGUGAAAGACUUGCCCAUUCAGGUCAUCAGGCUACCACUGUUAGCUCACCUGUUUGGCCGGAUUGAGCUACCCCGUGGAAUCACCAAGGAAAUAUCAAAGCAAAGCAAAUUGCAGACUCUGGCUGGAGUCGUGGUUACUGAGGCAGACACAAGUUUUGAAAACAUUAUACUUCAUGCCGGAAAACUGAGGAAGGUUAAGAUCUAUCAAGCAACAUCAUAUCCCUCCAACAGCCGCAACAAACGUAUACGGAUGAAUCCAGGUAGCAUUUCACCCUUUCCGCUUAACGAGCGCUUCACCGGUAGCAAAGCUCUCCAGAUUCUAUCAGUUGAUUCAAGUGACUUGGCUAAAGAGUUCAUAAAAUUCCUAGAGGCUCCCUGUGCAAUUACAUCUAUCAAACUACGGGGGCAGCUGGACAAAUUACCUGCUACUCCUGCCUUAAGGGAGCUGUGCGAUCUAAAUAGGCUGCUACUUAUCUCAACUGGUUUGAGCAUUGAAGACUUAUCUGCACUGCAAAGUUUGCCUUGCUUGGAAUAUCUCAAGCUAACAGAAGAUGGGGAUGGGUUUCGGGGCAGCAGCUUCGUUGUGAAGAGUGGUGGAUUCCCAAGCCUGAGGCGACUGUGCUUCGAAGCCCCAAGGCUCCCACAAGUGCAAAUCGAACAAGGAUCCAUGAAGUCUCUCGCCAUACUUGACCUACUUUGCCCAGAUCCAGUUAUUCCAGAGCCUCGUUCGGGAAGAUAUCGCUCUUUCCUUCAGCUGGAAACCAGGCUUGGUGUGGAAGGCGUGUCGUAUCUGGAGAAUCUCAAGGAGGUGAUCCUCCACCACUCUAUGUGGGAGUCAAAAGUGCAAGCUUGGAAAGAGGAAGCGAUUAGACACAACAACAAGCCAUCUGUGAAGAGGCAACCACAACCAACCAUCUAUGCGGCAUAACCAUGAAUACGUGUUAAUUUGUCACCUUUUAAUCUCGUUUGUUCAGCUCAAAGUCACCUGUAAAAAUGUUGAACUUUACCCUGUGGCCUGUGUUUUCAGUUAGCUGUAGUUUUCUUCAGUUAGGUAUUUCUUCAGUUAAGAAUAAGCAGGUCUGUGCCGUGAGCUUGUUCAGGCAUGGAUCAAGUUAGCUUUCUGUUAGUUGUUAGCGGCCGCAACUGUAACCGUGGGAUGGCACGA